UCAUUCAACUUGCUGAAGUACCCCCAAAAGCAGGCUGGGCACUGCCGGAGAGCUGCAUCCUAACGCCACUGGUAAUAAUAAUGAUGGACUACAAGUUUUAACAUGGAUUGAUACAUCCCACCAACAAAAGGAUAAAAUGGCAAAUGCAGACAGCGAGGUGAGGACUUUGCUCAAUUUUGUAAAUCUGGCGUCCAGCGAUAUCAAGGCAGCCUUGGAUAAAUCGGCGCCAUGCAGACGCUCCGUGGACCACAGGAAGUAUCUGCAGAAGCAGCUCAAGCGCUUCUCUCAGAAAUACUCCCGGGUGCCAAGAUGUCACUCACUCCGGUCUACACAGUACGGCAAACCCACGGGCGGCGGUGGCGUGCGGGUGGCAGAAAAGGGUGCGGCGGCUGUAAAUACAGACAACAUGGGUGGUUCUGUGGAGCAGGUGCCCAUGAGGAAACGCCAACUACCAGCUUCUUUCUGGGAGGAACCCAAACUGCACUCUCAGUCGGGACUGAGAAAAAGUCAGCAGGCCUCGACGCAGAUGAGAGAACACAGGAAAAGUCACGACGAGGACGGAAAGGUCUCGAAGGAGGCCCUCAAAUUGGAGCGUCUCUCUCACGGUGUGUGCGCCUGCUGCCCUUUCCAAUUCGACCACCACCACCACCACCACCACCACCAUCAUCAUCAACAACAGCAGCAGCAGCAUCAGCAGGUCAUCCAAGGUCACCUCAUGGUGCCGCAUCCUGCUAUCGGACUGUGGCGCAAAGCCGAGCCCGAGAGAGCAGAGCAGAAGAUUCACACUCACGUUGUGGUCAAACCUAUACCCACCAAGCCCGCCAUCCCCUCCCCCAUCUUCAGCGUCUUUGGCUUCAUUUAACAAAUCAGACUAACUAUUAAUAACGAGACACGUCCUCAAGCACUUCAUGGAAUACUAUUUUCUGCUCACGUCUAAAGGACUAAAAUGCACUUCUUCAUGUUCUGUUUCUUUGAUGCCACGCAGUAAGUUGACAGGUUUCUACUUUUAGGCUCAAGGCAAUGUUUGAUACCACUGCUUCCGAUUCUUAAAUAAACGAUUCCCACAAGAA